CAUUUGUGAUGCGCGAGGAGGUGGAGCGUCACCACAGAUCUGGUGUGAAUGCUUUGCAGUUUGAUCCGCUGCUCAACAGACUGUACUCUGCGGGGAGAGACUCCAUCAUUCGAAUAUGGAACACGAGAACAAACAAGGAUCCCUACAUCCUGUCCAUGGAGCAUCAUACUGACUGGGUGAACGACAUCGUCCUCUGCUGCAAUGGCAGAACAUUAAUCUCAGCCUCCAGUGAUACAACCGUCAAAGUGUGGAACGCUCAUAAAGGGUUUUGUAUGUCAACGUUACGGACACAUAAGGAUUAUGUGAAGGCGCUUGCAUAUGCGAGAGACCGAGAGCAGGUGGCGUCUGCUGGACUAGACCGAGCCAUCUUCCUGUGGGAUGUUAACACUCUGACCGCCCUCACCGCAUCAAACAACACCGUCACUACGUCAAGUCUGACGGGGAACAAGGACUCGAUCUACAGCCUGACAAUGAACCCUCCUGGGACUGUGAUUGUGUCCGGAUCCACGGAGAAAGUGCUCCGAGUGUGGGACCCUCGCACAUGUCAGAAGCUGAUGAAGUUGAAAGGACACACAGAUAAUGUGAAAGCAUUGGUUCUAAACCGAGAUGGAACACAGUGUUUGUCGGGUAGCUCUGAUGGCACAAUCAGGUUGUGGUCACUUGGUCAGCAGCGGUGUGUGGCCACGUUCAGGGUGCAUAAUGAGGGAGUGUGGGCACUACAGGCUAAUGAAUCGUUCUCUAUUGUGUAUUCUGGUGGGAGGGACCGUCAGAUCUGGGCUACUGACAUCAAGAACCCUGACAACAGAACACUUAUUUGUGAAGAAAAGUUUCCAGUUUUAAAACUUGAACUCCACACAGAGCAGCCAUCGUUAUGGGUGGCCACUACCGACUCCAGUAUUAGGAACUGGCCAAUCAAAGUCCCCAAUGCCAGAACAUCAGGAGAAUAUGAUAAUGAAAGUUACCAUCCAGCUUUUACACAGCCUGAUUUUACAAUUAAAGGAGGUCCAAGUAUUCGUCAGUACUACGUGUUAAACGACAAACGUUUUAUUCUCACAAAAGACACAGAUGAUUGUGUUGCAUUGUGGGAUGUUUUAACGGCAAGGAAAGUUGAAGACUUGGGAAAGAAAGAUUUUGAAGAGGAGAUAAAGGCCAGAGUGAAGACUGUGUAUGUUCCGAACUGGUUCUCCGUGGAUCUUAAGACUGGGCUACUGACAAUCCACUUGGAGGAGUCGGACUGUUUUGCAGCCUGGAUGUCAAUACGAGAACUUGGUCUUCCAAUGUCCCCUGAUGCCCCAGAGACUAAAAUUAACAUCGGCAGUGCCCUACUACAGGCUUUGCUGGAACACUGGCCAAAAGCUCAGGCUGAGGACCCUCAAGAUGGCAGUGCCGGCACAGACAAGUCCUCCGCUUCCAACCCCAUGUUUAGUGUGCCUGGUCACACACCUGUGAUAUUUAGUGAGGUCGGAGGUCGCACGUUGUUCCGGCUGCUGUGCCGGGAUGCUGGCGGCGAGACGGAGCAGAUGCUGCUGAAUGAGACUGUCCCCGCCUGGGUCGUUGAUGUGGUCGUCCAGAAGAACAUGCCCAAGUUCAACAAGAUCCCCUUCUUUCUCCAACCCCACCCCAGUACCGGCAUCAAACCAAUCAAAAAGGACCGACUGUCGGCAAGCGACAUGAUCCAGGUGAGGAAGGUCAUCGAGCACGUAUAUGAGAAGGUGCUGGGUCAAGGGUCAGAUGCAGGGUCGCAGACGGCCAACAGUAAUGGAGGUCAGGAGAAGGAAGGAGAGAAGGAGGAAGACUUGGCGUCUAUUGCAGAGGAGAAGGUGGAACUUACCUGUAACGAUCAGGUGUUGGACCCAAAUAUGGACUUAAGAACAGUGAAGCACUUCAUCUGGAAGCAGACAGGCGACCUCACACUACAUUAUCGUCCUCUCGCAAAGAAAGACUUCCAGUCCUUCUGCAAAUAUUCCUCUAUGAAUGCUGGAGAGAGUUAAGACUGCCACCACAAAUCUCAAAUAUAUGUGCAUUCAGUCUGUAAAUGGCAGUCAGUUUCCAGAGUCAGUUUACAGAAUCAGGCUGUUGCCCUCGAGACAGUAUGAACCAGCGACACUCUCUGUAUGAACUUGCCAUGUACAGGAUGUUACCAAUAGUCUUGGCUACUUGGGACAUGAAUAGGUCAGCCAUCCACAUUAGCUAGGUCAUAUAUGCAUAUAUACAAGUAAGCAUUUAAGUCAAGGUGUUAAUGUUCAAAGAUUUACCAGUCACCUUUUGAUAGGGAAAAUCAGGCAUGUCAUUCUAUAUAAACAUACACCUGACAAUUUGAGAAACAACUUUGUGUAUUAUGGAAAGCUACAAAUAUCUGUAUGAGAAUGGGAGGUUUAUACUGUGUAUGCUGUACUACCUGACCCCAUGCUUUCCCUAUAGAUAGUCUAAUGUCAAAACAAAAAUAUUCUACUCCGAAGAAUUUAAAUUGAACACCAGUUUCUCUCAUUACUACUUGUUACUAUAGUUGUUCUGUCAUGUCAUGUUGACUAUAGCAAUAUGAACAAAAAUUGGGUGUUAUUUAAAUUCUUUGAGUAGUAUGUUCAAAUUGCAUGACCAAUUAGCUAUGAGCAAUUCCACUUUUCCUGGUCCCAAAUGAAUAUAUUUUGUAUGUCCUGAGCCUUGGAAUGUUCAAUAUUCAUUCAGGAGGGACAGAUAAUCAUAUUAUGUAUGGCAGAUAGAAUAUUCUGUAUGCAUAUAGAUGAUGGACAAAAUUUUCUGCUAAGAAAAUGUCAAAACUGAGGUUUUCCCAUUCGCAACUGGAGAUCACAAUAGCUCAGUCCAUUGCUGGGAAGAUGUCACAUUAAUUGACUGUGAUGUAUGAUGUUGUCUUCAAAUACUUGAGACACUGCCUUGGCAGGUUGAGACGUUUAUUGUCUGUUUCACAGUGUGCAUUGAUUGCUACACCUUGGUUAAUGUGGCCCAGGUUGCUCAGGUCCAGACUUGAUUGCUACAGGUGAGCAUGCAAUAUGGGGAAAUAUGUACUCAAUCAGGCUAGUCACAAGAUUCGUAAUUACUUGAAAAGCUUGGGAGUCACAGGGUUUGAAUUGAUAGUUAUUGAUAAUUGCAUCCCUGUCUCAAACAUCAGUCCUAAUUGUUUUUAUGAGCCAUUUAUUGCCAUUUAAUUCUUUCUGUUAACUGAUUGCAUGGUCAAAUGAUGGAGGCACAUGUUGAAAGCACAGCGGACAGUUUAGGGCUGUGGACCCAAGAAAGCUGGAAAGGAUCGUGUGUUUGAUCUCAUAUGCCUGGUUCACAUUUGCCCUGCGAUGGGUCUAUGGCGCCCGUAAACUACCCGUAGCUCCAUUUCCUUGCGGUGGCAGGCGAUGGCUGUACGAUUAUCGCAUGAUUCUACGGGCGCCUUAGCCUCUACGAUUUUGUCAGACAGCGACAUUUGACAAAUUUGAAAAAGUCGUAAGCCUGUAGCCCGGUGAUCAUACGGUGAUCGCAGGAUCGUGCGAUAUCCAUGGAAAAUUGUAGACUACUUUAUCGUAUGGUGCCCGUGGGAAAUGUGAUCCCAGUCGUAAUUAUAUACUUUGUAAAUUUAUGUAGGUGCAAAUAAUGGUAUUUUGUACUACUUUUAAUAAUAUAGAAAUCUAUAUUUGGAAAUCUAUAUUGGCCAUAGCUUGUGGACAUCAAAUUUUCAGUUGUAAUCAGAUGUUGAGUUGUAACAUAGGUUCAUGGACAUGACUGUUCAUUCGGUGCAAUGAACAGCAGCAUCCUCACCAGAGACAUAAUCUCCAUCAUAAUAUUUAUACUGAUAUCAUUUGACGGUUAAUACCUCGGCCAUUAUAGUUGUUACCGCCUGCUUGUAUGUCUGAACCCUUAGUUGUGAUAUGUGGGAUUGAAUCUUAUAUCUACCCUGAUAUCAUUGAUUGUGGGGUUAAAUCCAAGAUCCACCCUGAUAUCAAUGAUUGUGGGGGGAUAUCCUAGAUCCACCCUGUUACUCACAAUUUGGGGGAGGGAUCCUGGAUCCACCCUGAUAUCCAUAAUUGUGGGAUGGAAUCCUUGGGCCACUAUGAUAUCCAUGAUUGUGGGAUGGAAUCCUUGGGCCAACAUCAUAUCUAUGAUUGUGGGCUGGAAUCCUUGGGCCACCAACAUAUCCAUGAUUGUGGGAUGGAAUCCUUGGGCCACCAUCAUAUCUAUGAUUGUGGGAUGGAAUCCUUGGGCCACCAACAUAUCCAUGAUUGUUGGAUGGAAUCCUUGGGCCACCAUCACAUCCAUGAUUGUUGGAUUAAAUCCUUGGGCCACCAUCACAUCCAUAAUUGUGGGCUGGAAUCCUUGGGCCACCAACAUAUCUAUGAUAGUGGGUCGGAAUCCUUGGGCCACCAACAUAUCUAUGAUUGUGGGGUGGAAUCCUUGGGCCACCAUCAUAUCCAUAAUUAUAGGAUGGAAUCCUGUAUCCACCCUGAUACGCACGAUUGUCCAAAUUAACUUACGGUACCAACAGAAAUGAACAUUACAUUAACUCAGCUUAAUUGGGCCUGUUGUAUUUCCACAUACUAUUGUACAUGUCUUGUAAAUUUGGUUCAUGAGUGAAGCCUUAGUUGACCAGGGUGUUUUGGUUUGUCUGCACUGUCCUGCAGGUUUUCACCAAAUCAAUUGUAUCAGUCUCAGACUUGCCAUACUUCAGGCCGCCAGCUGGCAGGCUGGCAUAGAACUAAAUUUCUGUUCAACAGCAUUAAACCAGUCACUGGCGUCAUUCUAUGAAGGUUCUGCAGAAGGGUUGAGAAACUUCAGUGCCAACUUUAUGUAUUCCUUUUGUUGGUUUACAAGGCUGAUAGACCUAUAAAAAACAACCUCAAAUUUGAAAAAAAUAAUAAAACCACUUGAUGUUUUGGGUAAUCUGAUGUAUAAAAUUUAAAAAAGAAGGCGUAAGAUUUUAUCACUGUGGUUCAUAAGAAAUGGAGAAUAACACAUGUAAAAAUCCCUAUUCAAACAAUAACAAUUGACUAUCUUCAGAUAUCUUAUCAUGAUUUUCAUUUCUCAUUAAUAGCUGCACUGAUCUGUAUGUAUUUUGUGUGCUUACAUUCAAUUUUAGAGUAUUUGUUUUGUUAACCAACCUAUAAGAAAUACAUGCAAGAAUCUCCAGCGAGGGAUGUAGCACAUAUGGUCUCACCUUAGGCAAGCGACUUUGUUCAAAAUUGACUCUGUUCACCCAGCAGUGAAUGGGUACCCGGUGGGAUGGAAUGGUCAUAUGACUGUUACCUCCUAGCGCUGCACUAGGUGUGUGGGUUGUAAUGAACACUGAUCCAUUGACCGGGGUAAUAAUGCUAGUGUUUUGAACAUAUACCUUGUGUAUGGAUGUAAAGCAAUGUAAGUACACCACACCUUAUUAUGGAUUUGUAUUUUCUGCCGUUUGACCAUGAGGUGUGUUUGGAUGGAAGUGUUUGUUGCCAUGCUUGUUGUCAAAUGAAUAUACUAGUGUUGUCAUCAGCAUGUACUCUAUUACAACAAUUCUAAUUGUUGAGGUGUGAGUACAAUUUGUUUUGAAGAGCUACUGUCUAUUCCGUAAUGUGGUUUGCCUGAAUGAAUGUCAAAACUAUGCUCCGUUUUGUAAGUGGCCAUUCUUUGUUGUUUGAGAGCCUCAGAACUGGAUUAAUGUGAUAUUUGAGAGUAAAUAUUUUGUAAUGUGGAACUAUCUGGCUAGGUCAAAAUCUAAAAGUCUGGAUAUUAUGGGGGAAUGUUGCCCCAAUUAUACCGAGAGAUGAAACCCAGUCCUACAGACCCACCGGAGUGAUUUGCUAGAGCAGAGGUACAGAGGGUCACAUGUUUAUGUGGGGUCGGUUGGAAGCUGUAACAUGAAUCAUGUUUUCUGUAAGGGAAUAUUAUAGUUACUUGGAGGAUCUUACAGAACAGGUGCUGUUUGCACUAGAUUCACAUCCUCGAACAUCACUUUGUCUGCCGGCUCAAGUAAUGUCUAGCAGUAACAGUUCAUGAAGUCAAGACGAUGUAUAGGUAUCAGACAGGGU